GGAUGAAGGACAUAGCGCGAAGAAAGGCGUGGUUGUACAAGCAUUCAAAACAUCGCUUAUGUUGUAUUUAAUCUUUUAAAAUGUUUAUAUUUGUAUUUCUUCUAUCACUGUUAUUUUCGAAAAUUUCAUGUGAAUUAUGGUGCUAUAGCUGUGUAAGCUCGCAACCAGGCUGCGAAGAGUUUUAUGUUGACUGGAGAAUACAUAGUGCAAUCACCUGUCCUCGAGAUGAUGAUAAAUGCGUUAAGGUGAUUGAAAGAAAAGGAGUUGAUAAGUUCAUUACCAGAGAUUGUUUAUCCAAUUUGGAAAGCCAGAAGAAGGAUAUUCCUGCUGAUAGAUAUGAUGGCUGUAGAAAAGCUGCUGAACAACCUAAGCUUUCUGUAUACGUUGAAAAUCACAUUUCACAGCUUGAAAUCAAAAA